UUUGUCUCUGCUGGGGAAAAUUGCGGUGUUUGUUUAUACAAGGCGCUUGUGUGGGCCUUAUCUGCUCAGGCCACUCACACCGUGAUUUCAGCGCUUCAGCAUGUAGUUUACGGGCUAUUGUUCUGUCGAAUGGCUUCUAAAGAUAUGGCCGCCCACCUCAUUAUAACCAACUUGCAAGUUUUGAUUUUUAAAACACCCUAUCUGUCCUCCGCCCUGGCUGGCAUGGGUUUAUGCUUAGUCGACGCAGCCAAGCAUAGAAAAAGGUAAUGAUUUCCAUAGAUUUUUUUAAUGACUAAGUCAAUAGCCAAUUGAUAGGAAUACAGGCGUUUUGGUGUAGCCUAUUGUGUAAUCGCUAUUGACCUAAUUGGGGGAAAACAUUUUCUCAGUACAUUGGCUAGUUUUAUAUUGGCCUAAUUUAAAUAAAAUAAUUUGUAGAUCAAGUUGUAUUCCUAUAAAAUAUAUCUAUGAAUACACUAAAACUAUCCAUACAUUAUAUGAUCAUGAAUGGGUUGUCAAUUUAUCAUGGGAGUAAGAUAGCCAAUUGGGCAUGCAAUGUUAAUUAGAUUUUGGGCGCUCAAUUGACCAUUUUAUGAUACAUUUUUGUGAAUGAGUGUGUGUCUGGCUGCCAAAUCUGUGUUCGUGAGUCGUGGCUGACGUCACGGCCAGUUAAACAGCAGUUUUUUGGGACCGGGGAGUCACGAAGCAAGAGGACAAAUUCCUUUGCACCGGGGAGCAGGCACGCCCCUCAAAGCUCCGCUGCUUUAUAACGGGACUGGGCCGGGCAGAGGGAGACAACACAACUGUAACUCUGAACUCCAAGUGGAAGCAACUGUUCCCGUCAAAUACGUGCUGGGAUACCAUCCUGAAAUCCAACGAGAGAAACAUAGACACCAGAGACUCUAAAAUAAAAAGAUGGAGAUGUACCAAGCUGGAUAUUAUAUGGAAGACUUCAGGACACAGGAAGUCCCUGCUGGUUUGGACUUUGCAUCAUAUGACUACAGUGAUGAAGACCUGUCUUUUCUAUUAGACAGUAAAGGACCCGAGCAGCAACAGUAUCCAGAGAGUUCUGUAGAGCCGCAGAAGAAUCCACGUCCGUACCACAACAAAGUAACCUCCAGUGACUCUGUCCUGUUCAACCUGGAUUCAUACCCAGAGUUUAACUGUUGGGCAUCAUACCCAAGUGAUGGGCUGACUUUGGACCAGUCUCAAGCGGGGUUCCAGGAUUCCACCCAGACGUACCACAGCCUUGUGCCCCUGUGUUCCCCAGCCCAGAAUGGACAGUUCAGCCCGGGCUUGGAGGAUGCCAGCACCAGCAACUCCUUCCUCCCUGGAAAAGGAACGAGCCACAGCGGGUCCCCCAGCACUGUCAGCCUGGACCACCUCAGUGAAGCUGAACAAAGCUACACCCGUCACUCAGGUGAACAACUGUACGACUCAGAAGCACAGAAGACGUCACCCUCCUUCUGGCCAGACUACCCCUCUCCCAGCUACAGCGCAUCCCUGCUGCCCCCUCACCACCCUCCAUCUUGUUCCUCAACCCCUGGACCACAGCAGCCCUCAGAGCAAUACUGCCCCCGUGUGGCCAAACGCAAAAGUAUACACUCCCAAAGACCCGAGAGGGAAGGAGGACAAGUGAUGGGAAUGUCAGCUUAUCCAGGAUCAGGGCCCAUCCAAUUGUGGCAGUUCUUACUGGAGCUGCUUCUAGACUCCGCCUGCUGUACCUUCAUCUGCUGGACAGGAGACGGUUGGGAGUUCAAGAUGUCCGACCCAGCAGAGGUGGCCAAGCGCUGGGGCCAGUGUAAGAACAAGCCCAAGAUGAACUACGAGAAGCUGAGCCGUGGCCUGCGCUACUACUACCACAAGAACAUCAUCCACAAAACGACGGGCAAGCGCUACGUCUACCGCUUCGUCUUGGACGUGCAGGGGAUGCUGGGAAAGACGGCACAGGAGGUCCUGGCCAGCCUGAACAUUUUACCCACGGGGACAGAGUCCUCCUGGCAAGGCCAGGGGGCACCAGUAUCAUCACCAGUGUCCAGCGAAGCAUGGGCGUCGCAGUAGAAGGAGUGUACCAGCAGCACUGGUUCUCAUUGGUGCUAUUGUCUCUUGAUAGUGUUAUGGCUACAUCACUAGAAAUAUGCUAUGUAGAACAAGCAUGCCUCUUUGACAUGUAGAAAGGAAUAACAUCGGCUCUAUUCAUGGGAUUUCUUUCUGCAACAUUAGACAAUGUUUGGUGUAACACUUAUUACCAAGUGAUACAGUAGUAGCCAUAGCUGUGUGAAGUAGGCGUGUUGAGGUUGCUGCAGCACCCGCUGAAAAAUCUGAAUUAAAAAAAGUAAGUAGUAGCCUUCAAUUUGAUUUGGUUUUAGUGUAUGACUUACCUCCUAAUAACAUCAGCAGAAUAAGAGCUCAAUGAAACUGUAAGCCCAGCUGUCUCCAAUACUGAUGUUCUUUAUGGUAAUGACAUGGUUAGUGAUGAACAACCCCAAGUACUUCUUGCCCCCUCUAAAAUAAUGGGUGCAUGACACCCCUGAUUAGCACCCAUGCUGUUGAACAAUGUUUGACAUUAACUUUGACUGUGAGGAUCUGUCUAUUUUUAUACUCUUACAUAUCUACCUCUUUUAUUGAUGACAAAAUAAAGCUAAGAGGGACAAUGCUUGUUCUGUUGAAUAUAAAAUGUGUGAUUUACAUGAUUUAGGGAACAAUGUUUGUAAAUAAACUGUACAUAACUUGAAAAUACUA